AUGCGUUUCGCUAUUGCCGCCGCCCUUGCUGCCGUUGCCGCCGUUGCGAACGCGCAUUUCCAUCUCGAAUACCCUUCACCCCGAGGGGCGUUCAAUGAGGACAAUGAAGUGAACUUCUGUGAUUCGUACACGAAUGCCGGGAACCGCAGCGACUUCCCUCUCAGCGGUGGAUUCAUCUCUAUUAACAGCGAACACCCGACCUGGACUUUCGGUGUAUUAGUCUCCACUUCCGCGAACCCUACAUCGUUCGACAACUUCCGGGACUCGUCUGGGAACGAGCAGUACGCUAUUCAACUCAAUCAGGUGACGGGCGAGGGCGCCUUUUGCUUCCCGAUCGACCUGAGCAAAACGAACAUUAGCGGGAUCGCGAACGGCGGUAACGUCACCGUUCAGAUUGUCUUCAAUGGCGGUGACGACACGCUCUACCAGUGCGCGGACCUUCGUCUGGAGAGCAACUUCACUGUUCCGUCAGACGUCAGUUGCUCGAAUGCUACCGGAUCCAGCAGCGCGAGUGGUUCGAGCACUGGGAGCGCGACCUCGGCAACACCAUCUAGCACAGGGUCGAGCGGUGCAUCUGCGGUCACAGUGGGCGGAUUGACUGGUGUGCUGGGUGCCAUCAGUGCGUUUGUUAUGCUCAUACUAUGA